ACACGCACAUCUGUCAUCCUCAAACUUCAAUUGACUUUUCGCCCCAGUUGCCCUUUACACUACAGUGCUCCUCCCUCUUCUUAAUUCCCUCACAAUAACCGAAAGAGCCCGACUGAGAGAGAAUCAUGGGGUCAGUGUCUGAGACUGUUUGUGUCACCGGGGCUUCCGGCUUCAUCGGUUCAUGGCUCGUCAUGAGACUCCUGGAGCGCGGCUACACUGUUCGAGCUACCGUGCGCGACCCUGCUAACAUGAAGAAGGUGAAGCAUUUGCUGCAACUGCCGAAAGCCGAUACGCACCUGACUCUGUGGAAGGCCGAUCUCGCCCACGAGGGAAGUUUCGACGAGGCCAUCAAUGGCUGCACUGCAGUUUUCCAUGUCGCCACCCCUAUGGAUUUCGAAUCCAAGGAUCCUGAGAACGAAGUGAUAAAACCAACGAUCAAUGGUUUAUUAAGCAUCAUGAAGGCAUGCCUCAAAGCCAAAACUAGAAAAUUGAUAUUCACAUCCUCCGCCGGAACUGUUGAUGUCACAGAGCACCAAAAACCUGUGUUCGAUGAGACAUGUUGGAGUGAUGUCGAGUUCUGUCGCAGAGUGAAGAUGACUGGCUGGAUGUAUUUUGUUUCAAAAACACUGGCAGAGCAAGAGGCAUGGAACUUUGCCCAAGAGAAUAACAUGGAUUUCAUCUCCAUCAUUCCUCCUCUUGUGGUUGGCCCCUUUCUCAUGGAUUCAAUGCCUCCUAGUCUUAUUACCGGCCUUUCUCUCAUCACUGGGAAUGAAGCACACUAUUCAAUCAUAAAGCAGGGCCAAUUUGUUCAUUUGGAUGACCUCUGCAUGGGUCACAUAUUCUUGUUGGAGCAUCCUGAAGCAAAAGGAAGAUACAUGUGCUCUUCCCAUGAUGCCACCAUUCAUGACAUUGCAAGAAUGCUCAGUCAAAAAUACCCCGAAUACAAUAUCCCCACCAAGUUUAAGGAUAUCCCAGAUGAGUUGGAGAUUAUUCGUUUUUCUUCCAAGAAGAUAAAGGAUUUGGGGUUCCAAUUUAAAUACAGCUUGGAGGACAUGUUCACUGCAGCUGUUGAUACUUGCAGAGAAAAAGGACUUCUUCCCAAGCCUGCUGUAGAAACCCCUGUCAAUGGCACCACUGAUCCGAAAUGAUUUGGGAUGCGUCCUCGCAUUCGCCAUAGCAGCUUUGCCUCUUCUGUUAUUAGUUUCUGGUGUUCUCAAUUAUGGCUUGGGAUAUAUAUGGGUUCUGGAUAUAAUAUUUGUCUACGGCGGGAUGCAGCUGUCAUUUAAUGCUUUUUUAUCCAAAGCUUGGAUUCGUUCCACAUUAAUGCAAGUUUGUGUGCUUCUCUUGCUCAACUUUACUCUUCGGAGCUUUCCUUGGGUUUGUGUCGCUAGUUAAUGUCGCUCUGUAAUGUGAAAUUAGAUCUUGAAGUUGAUACUCGAGAAGGAUUGGCUUCAAGAAAACCAGACUGAUAGUGAUAUGAGAUUUUAGUUGUACUUUACAUGCUGCCAUUGAGAUCAGCAUUAAUUAUUAAACCUUCUAAUGAAACUUUCGUGCAGAAA